AUGGACGAAAAUGAUAUGGAAAACGUUACGCAACCGAAAGAUAUUAUUGCCAUACAUGCCAUGCAAGAGCGCCACAUUCCAACAUUCGAAAAGUAUUAUCAAGCUAUCAUCUUUGCGACACAUUGUCCGAAACCACAGAUAGUGUUUGUCCCUGUAGGACGAGGAUUGGAUCCUGAUGUCUUAGAAACCGACGCUCUGAUGACGCAUUACUGGCUCGCUCGAAACAAACACGAAAGGUUUAUCGAUUUAACGCAUCAUCGCAUCAUUGUAACACAUUUCCCGCUCGACGCGCAAACAGCAUUGGAAAACAAGUAUACGGUCAUCUUUCGGACUCAACCAAAGAUGUCGUCUCAAGUCCACAACGAGAUGCACGUGAACGCAUCAAUAGGCGAACUGAACUGCAAGCAGCGUAAAUGGUUUGGUAAUGUGUUAGUGGUCAAACACAGACGAGAGUCUGGGUUGGUCGAUGCGUCAGGAGAGGAUAUUAACCUAGCAACGGAAGUAUUACUGAGACGACACAUCAUGGAACGACCUUUGUUUCAUGAUGGGACAGAUAUAGUGUCCACACUCGAGCAUCUCACACGUCAACAACUUCUAGAGGCGUGUGUUCAAGUGCCAUUGCGUUACAGCCAAAAACGUUCAUGGGAAACAAUCAUCGUCGCGAUUGGCGAAGCUAGCGCGACACACCAAGACGUGAUACGAAGGGCGGCUUCAGCCAUCCAAGGCACUCGUAAAAGGCCUGCGGGGGCGGAUUGGGAGGGUGUUCGACCAUUAAAACGACAAAAAAGGGAUAGAGGAGAUAAUUCCUUGGUUGAAAUCAGCGGCGCAUCUCCAUCGGUGGGACCCCUAAACCAAGCGAGCAGUUCUGGAAUCAAUAGAGGAGAUAUUAUCUUGCUCGAAACCAACAGCGCCUCUCCAUCCGUGAGGCCUCUAAACCAGGUGAACGGAUCUGGAUUCGAUACGAACACCGACACCCUUGUGGGAGACACGUUCAAUGCAACAACAACACUACCGCACUUCAGUCACCCACCUUGA